CUCGACUCUCACAACUUGCAAAGACCGGAGACGGUAGAGAGUCUGUUCAUGACGUACCGCAUCACUGGCAACGCCAUGUACCGAGAAUGGGGCUGGAAGAUCUUCCAGUCGUUUCAGAAGCAUACUCUGGUGCCCGACGGAGAGGGGUACACUAGUCUGAAUGAUGUGCGGACGGUGCCCGCGGCAAUGAGGGAUAACAUGGAGAGUUUCUGGCUGGCCGAGACUCUGAAAUACUUAUACUUGCUGUUCUCGCCGGUAGACUACAUGCCAUUGACAGAGGUCGUCUUCAAUACGGAAGCGCAUCCUCUGCCGAGGUUCACGCCAAGAAGUUCU